AAGAUUGUAACAGCACAACUGUGAGAAAAACAGAGCACAGGGUUAUUUGAAGGGCUAAGACUGUGGGUGUCCCACUGGCAGUUGCAUUUGCACCAACUUCCUGUGAGUGAUAAAUGAGAAAGCCAGAUAUCCACUUUCUCUGAAGUACCUGCUUUGAAGACUACUCAGUAUUCAGCUAUAACAGAUGACAAAGAAGGAACUACAGUAGCUGUUAAGUAUGCAUUUGAGGAAGAACAGCCGGUGAUGCAGGGAGCUGUUGCUUGACAUAGGAUCAUGCUUGUGUGCAAAGGUGUGAAGAUGCCAGAGUUCAUCAGUCUUCUUCUGGCUCCAUGUUUGGUCUGGGGAGCUGAAACAAUGCGAGAGAGCAUCCCAAUGCAGACUCUACACUGCUAUCCUCACUACAACUCUCUUACAACUUGCACAUGGAUGGAAUGCUCAGAGGCUCAUCAAUUCCUGAAUGUGACUCUGAACUUUAACCACAGCCAUGAAAAGAACAAAGAAAUGACCUGCACAUUCCACAAAGGUGAAAACCACACUAAGUGCCAGAACUUCACAAUGCACUGGGUGUGUCAAAGCCAUCUGAGAGCAAGUAAUAUAGAAAGGUACAAGUUUAAACCUGACCUGAACCUGCAGGCAGAGCUAAAUGUCUACUUGUUUCAGAAUGUUCAGCCCCUCCCGCCACAAAACCUCUCAGUCAGAGAGAGUUCAGGAGACUUCUUGCUGACCUGGACAGCAGCUGAAGGAAGCCAAGGGCUGGGCAAUGCACUGGAGUAUGAAGUCACUUAUAAGCGGGAGUGGGAGUCCUGGGAGAAGGCUGCAUCGCGCUUGCUCUCCAACACCACACGUUGCCACCUCAGCCACCUCGUGCCAGGGAGCCGAUACGUUGCCCGUGUGCGAGCCAGAGCGGAGCAGGCCAGAGGCUUCUCUGGGCCGUUCAGCAAGUGGAGCACGGAUGUGUCCUGGGAGACCCCCGAAGGCCAGGAACGCAUUCAGCCCAGGAACCUUCGCUGCCUCUUCAAUGGUGCAAAUCUUCUGACGUGCAGCUGGGAAGUGAAGAAGGUGAUCACCACCUCUGUCAUCUUUGGCUUGUUCUUCAGGGCCACUCCAGCAUCCGCGGAAGAGGAGUGCUCUCCCGUGUACGAGAAGGCCUUGCCCCACAUCCCCUAUGUGGUGCAGAGCUGUGCGAUCCCCGUUAGCAACAUCAGCAGUCAGAGCCGGUACCACGUGUCUGUCCGGACCAAGACGGAGGAGAAACUGAUUGAAGCCUACAAGAACAUCAAGGUGCUACCCCCAACAAAUGUAACAGUGACAAUGAAUAAAGAUGGAGAUUAUGAGCUGAGAUGGAUAAAGCAUACGCUUAAAAAACGGUGUUAUGAAGUGCUGUACUGGAAAACCAGCCAAAUGGAAAAGGUUACCAGAAUGAUUAUCAAUGAUGAGCCUUACUUCCUACUGCGGGAGCUGGAGCCAUCCACAACUUACACCAUAAAAAUGCGUGCAAAGCCACAUGGUAGUGAGGGGCUUUGGAGCGAAUGGAGUGAGGAGUUCACCUGGAAAACUGACAGUGUUCUGUCACCAGUGCUUCUACCAGUGAUGCUGCCAGUUCUCAUCAUCACUUUGCUAAUAGUUGGUUAUUUCAGCUAUAAGUAUUUCCUCAGGCAGAAUAAAUUGUGGGAGGAAAAGAUUCCAAAUCCUGGGAAGAGUCUGCUGAUCCAGAGCUACUUGGGGGCAAGAGGGACCUGUACCUUGCAGGGUGUCCCUGCAAGUACAACAUGGAGUUAUUCUAAGGAAGCUGUCAGCCAACUGCCAGCCAGCCAGGUGGGCUUCAGUGGGCAGAACACUUCUGAGGGGGUGGAGGAGAUUAACUGCCUUCAAGUGCUGGAUGGGAUGAUUAAGAACAGUUCACCAGAGUUCCAUGGAGCUAAGCCUGUGACAGAGAACGUUUCCCAUGGUACACUGGAUCCGCAAAUCUGUCAGACUUCUGAAGUGCCACAUAAAACCUCGGUUUCAUCAGCUGCCCUUGUCUGCCCACUGAAUAAGAGUGCAGCACUGUCUGGCCUGUUGGCCAGGCUUCCGUGCAAGAGUGCUGCUGAUGCAAGUACUGCUUCCCAGACAGCAAUCACUUGCUUCGCUUUCAAUGGUCCAUACUUGUACAGCCCAGGGAUGUCCUCUCAGCCUGAGAUGCAUCAAACUCUUCAAGAGGACCCAGUGGGAAACCAAGAGAAAUCAGUGUCCCUUCAGGGGCAUGAGUCUGUUCCCAGGCACCACGGAGGCAAGAGGAGGAGGUCCUCAGCAGCCUUUCCUGCUUCUAGAUCAGAAGGAAAUUAUGCAGCAUCUCAAUGAUGAGAAAGAAGUCUCACCACUCCCCCCAGCUGGUGGGCAAGGCAUGAAUGUGAAACCAGAAGAGCAGAAAUCUCCAAAGGCUCUUGGCUGUGCCACGUCCCUUCAGCAGUGACCCUCAGAGUGUAUCACCACAGACAGCCUCUUACUGCCAUCAGCCAGUGACUCCACACAUCUGCCACUUGCCACCCCAUGAGUUUGCUCCUGGGAAAUCUGGUGUCACCGUCCCAGUUUCAGGUCAAGCCCCAUUCUUUUUUUCCUGAAUCACACCUGGAUGCAUUUGGGGACUGCCUUGUUGUUUCUUCAGGUCUCCAUGGACCUUCAGAACCCACAAAAAAUGUCCAUACUUAUUUCUUGAAAAGGAACCAAUUUUUCUGAAAAACUUGUGUUGGAGAACAACAUAGUUAUGUUGUUCCCCACACUACCAUGACAGUUUUCCUCCACUGUGGAAAACUGCUACCUUGUUCCCUGCCUAAAAUCCAAUGAGAAGGUGCAUAUCAGUCAGAAAGAUCCCUAAGUAAAUAAGUGUUGGAAAUUCAUUAUAAGUAUCAGAUAGUUUAUACAUGGUGGAGGAUCUAUCAGCGGCAAGGAAUAAAAUGUACAGAGUACUGAGGUCAUCCAGAUCUCCAGAAAACUGAAGGUGUUAUAGAAAUGAAACCAGCCAGCUUUGAGAUUCAGAAAAGCCUGCUGGAGUUGCAGGGGUCUUUGACAACUAAGACAAAGUUUUCAAAAAUUAUAUUGUUGUAAUCCCAUUUGCUUUCCACAAAUGCUACUUCUCCUCUGCAGCUUCUAGUCCAACAUGGUGAAAGAUCCCAGGUGAGCCUACCCCUUUCUUAGUUACAUUACUGCUUUUGGUAAAAGGGGCAGGCCAUAAUUCUCAUGUACCUGCAUUUAUAUAGGCUUGCUUCACAUUCCACUGAUAGAUAUGAUUGGGAGGGCAAGAAGCCAGAUUUAGCUAGGGCUCCUUUCUAAAAAUAGGUAAUCAAUUUCAGCUCAAGCGUCUCAGGAUAUAGGAAAAGAAAGUGAUUUUGCUUGGGCACAUAAUAAGCAUGGAUAAUCAGUUUUCCUGCUCAAGAGCAAUGAACUCAAGUGUUUAAAAGAAAAGGAAUGUUAUUAAAAGGGAUAAAAUGGCAACUCAAAAUAAGCACUGGGAGGCCUAUUUACUAAAGCUAGCUAUAUAACCUGAAAAAGUCAUGGUGAUGUAGCCCACUCCCACAUUUUACAUGGAUUCGAGAGUCCAUUGUUGAUGUGUAAGAAAACAUUGGAAAAUGUUGCUCCUAAACCUCUCUUCACUGUUCCCAAGUGCAGUGUUUCCACCUCUGAUGCUGGGUCACUGCUUUUAGCAGCUUUAGCCCAAGAAACCUUGGUUCUGUCUGCAGUCCCCACACUGCCACCUCAGCAUUUCAAAUACUCAGAAAGGAGCCAACUGCAAACAAACCCCAAAGACAACCCUGAGAAAACUACCUUUUUUUUUUUUCCUUUUUUUCUUUCUUUUUUUUUUCUUUUAAAUUUCUUACUUCAUAGCUUUUUUGUUCUACCAGUAUCAACAACACAGGCAAUUCCUAAUGCUCAAAAAAACCAUUCUCUCCUACUGGAUACGAGUGUUUUAAAUACCUUUCAAACACAAUUGCAUUUCAGUCUCAGUGCAAAAGACUUAAAUCCACUGAAGUCACUGCACUUGCACCCUCUUUGUUGUGAUCUCAAGUCACUUCAAACAGCUCUGGAUUUCCCUUUUAUCCCAUUAUAAGCGGGAUCAGCAAUAAGUACUCCAUUCUUUUAGGAAUUUUGGGCUUACCUCAGGAUAGAUGUAGCUCUGAAUUUAACUUUUAUUGUAGUGCAAGCUUUACUGCAUAAAGGAAUGAAUUUAAUAGCAGGAUGAAGACUUUGAUAAGAGUUUUUGCACUAUCUCCUGUUCUUACAGUUACCAUUUCUUUUUCAAAAUCGCUUGCAGUGGAGAUAUCAGAGAUUGGAAUCAUUCAGGAUAGCACAGAAUAGGCAGAAGUCAGAGGGCUAAAUGAAAAGAAAAAAGGUUGGCUGGAGAACAGGAAAUCUUUUUUAACAGUGAUAUCCUGCAGAAUAAUCUGUUUCUCAAUUACAGGGAUGCAUAAACCUAAUCUAGGAAAUAUCCUUCACUGCAGGAAAAACUAAAAGAUAGGAGAGGGUUUUAGAAACUUAGAGGCAAUUGGUCUCGUCUGUAUCAAAUUGCUAUAGUAUGAUGUAUAGUGAGAACCAUAGCAUAGUGUAGAGUGAGAACCAGCCCUGCAGGCCCCAAGGUGAGUGCAGAAGGAGGGCAGGAGGUGCUCCUGGCACUCAGCAGCAGUUUCCCUGUGGCCUGUGGAGAGGCCCCUGGUGCAGCAGGCUGUCCCCCUGCAGCCCAUGGGUCCCACAUGGAGCAGAUCUCCAUGCUGCAGCCCGUGGAGGAGCCCCCGGUGGAGCAGGUGGAUGUGGCCUGGAGGAGGCUGCGGCCCAUGGAGAGCCCCCGCAGGAGCAGGCCCCGGGCCGGAGCUGCAGCCCGUGGAGAGGAGCCCACGCAGGAGCAGGGGGUCUGGGGAGAGCUGCCGCCCGUGGGCGACCUGUGCUGGAGCAGUUUGCUCCUGGGGGAUGGACUCCGUGGUACGGAGCCAUGUGGGAGCAGUGCAUGAAGAGCUGCUGCCUGUGGGCAGCCCCCGCAGGCUCAGUUCGGGAAGGACGGCAUCCCGUGGGAGGGACCCCACGGGGAGCAGGGGCAGAGAGGGACUGUGAAGGAGCUGCGGAGGCGAAGCGUCAGGGACUGUGCGCAGCCCCCAUUCCCCGUUCCCCUGCGCUGCUCAGGGGGAAGACGUAGAAGAGGGUGGACUGGGGGGAAGGUGUUUUUGGUUUGCUUCUAGUUCUCACUGCUCUAGCUUGUUACUAAUAGGUAAUAAAUUACAUUAAUCUCCUU